CGAUAACGAUAAGUAGUGGAAAGUUGCCAACAAUGCAUGUACCAAUUCGAACCUACGUAAGUGCAUAAAAACUACUUACACAUCCUGACAUCGUGAUAGCAGAUAGUUAAUAGCUGCUAGAUCAACCCGAGCUUAGAUACCGUUGCUUCAAUCUCUUCGUGCUAUAACCAGCUCCCAUUCUUCCAACCGUACUUAAUUAAUUGUAUAAACCAGACCAUAUAUCCAUCACAAUGCAACUCCUUCCCUCCCCCCUACAAAUCCUCCUCCUCGCCCUGCUCUCGUCAGUCGCCCACGCCCAAUUCGGUUUCUUCGACCAGAUGUUCGGCGGCGGCGGGCAACAGCAGCAGCAGCAGCGCCAACAACCGCAGAACGUGCCUAGCGAUUCGUCAAUCUAUAGAUCCAACUUCGACCGCAUGCACUGCGACAACUACCUGUGCCCGGAUACUCUUGCUUGCGUGCACUUCCCCCACCACUGUCCCUGCCCGUGGCCCGCCCACGAGGACAAGUUCGAGAUGGGAGAUGGCCACCGAAUAUGCGUGUCUAAGGGAGGAUUCAAGCCUGGGGAGGCCGGAAGAAAAGUCGAGCUCGCUCGGAAGGGACUGCUAUGAUUCAAUUCAUCGAGCUUUACGGUCGGCGCAUUGUUUUAAGAGUAGAGCAUAGUUAGAGUUGAUUGAGAUUCUACUUAGAAUGAGGUCGCAGUGUCUAAGCCUCAUAGUCGAGCACUUCAAGACAUGUCUUGAUCGAACU